AUAGGAGUUGUCGAUUUAUACACCCCUAUCAUGCAUUUCGAUUACGUUCCCGCUCUACGCUCCGCCGGAGUCGAAAUUAGGUAUCAUGCGUUACGAUUGGAUUGAAAGAAGAAGAGGAAGAGCUAUAACUCUUUCGAAAUCAGCUGUUUGCUUUGAAAUAUGUGAAAUUGGAACAUAACAAAGCAAAAAUACAAAAUUACUGCUGUUCAAAGAAAAUAAAUAAAAGUAAAAUUUUUAUAUCGUUAUUAUUUUUAUUAAACGUAAAUAUGGAAUCAUUAUCCGCGGCGAUAUUACUGGUUGAGGAGGAGAGCAGCGCAUCUCAGAAUGCUGGGGUGAGAAUUGAAAGAAGAAGAUUAAGAGAUAUGUGCGAUCCCUUCCAGAUGAAUGACGGACUAUUCAAAAAAAACUUUCGUCUGAAUAAGGACGCAUUCAAGUAUGUUCUUGAUGCGUUUGCGGAAGAAACGACGGCAAGUACUUUGUCCUCGUUAUCUCCGCUUAACAUUGUAGUAUCCGCUUUAAGAUUUUUUGCGGAAGGUAGUUACCAGCAUGGAGUUGGCGCAGAUCACAAUGUUGGAAUGGCACAGUCAACCGUGUCAAAGUGGCUGUCAAAUUUUCUAGAAAUAAUGCAGCAAAAGCUAUGCCCACAGUGGAUAAAAUAUGAGCAAAGUGAAAUAGAAAAGCAGGAAGCAAAACAAAAUUUUUUUACGAAAGCUGGUUUCCCAGGUGUUAUCAUGUGCGUUGAUGGUACGCACAUAAAGCUAAUCAAGCCAUCCAAUGAACCUUUUCUUUAUUACAAUAGGAAAGGAUUUUAUAGCAUCAAUGCUAUGGUGGUGUGCGAUCACAAAUUAAGAAUAAGGAGCAUUGACGCUAGGUAUCCUGGGUGCAAUCACGACGCCCAUGUAUGGGGAUUGAGCAAGCUUAGGUGCUAUAUGGAACGACGAUAUCGUGAAGGUGAAAGGAACACAUGGCUGUUAGGCGAUGCUGGAUACCCAUUACAACCUUGGCUAAUGACUCCAUAUCGUUCCGUAAGUCAAGGCAGCCGACAAAGUAAUUAUAAUAUUAAGCACUCAAAAACCAGAAACAUUAUAGAGCGAACGAUCGGUGUUUUAAAGAACCGCUUUCGAUGUUUGUUGGGAGCUCGAGAGCUGCAUUACUCGCCUCAAAAAGCGAGUCAAAUUAUAAAUGUUGUUUGUGCACUACACAAUAUUUGCAUUUUCUACAAAGUAGAAGAUUUGAAUACGAUAGAAUUUGAUAAUGAAAGCCGUCAAGAGGAAGAGGAAGAGGAACAAACCAAUGACCCUGAAUUUACUUCAACAGCAAAUCGUAUUCGUGACAACAUACUUUCUUCUUUGUAAAGUGUAUAAAAUUUUAUUUCUAUAUUUCAAUAUUUUCUUUAAAUUCAAAAUUUAUCUAAUUUAAGAAUAAAAUUCAGUGUACAUCACAUUUCGUUACAUAAAAAUACAGUUUAUCUUAAAGAUAAUACAAAACAAAAUUCAGUAUUUAUAAUUAGG